CUUGUCCAGCAUGACGCGGCCGGGGUUUGAUCCCAAGCACGGACUAUUACCAGGUAUGUUGGCACACACUAGUAAUCCCAACACUGGAAAAGUGAAGGUGGAAGGAUCAGAAAGUCAAGAUCAUGCUUAGCUGCAGACAGUUUGAGGCCAGCCUGGGCUACAAGAGACAUUCUCUCAAAAAUAAGACAAUAAAGAGGCGUCGCUGCUUUUAUUUGCAGCUCUUUGAUUAUUGGAGAUGUCCCCAAAUGUCAGUGUCAACAGCACUCUUCAGAGUAUUUUUACAGUGCGGGUCUGAUCAUCAGAAAGUUGGCAGUCGCUUUUCUGGUGGUGACAAUCUCCCUACGAGAACAUGCCUCACGAAAAGGAUCUCCUUCAUCCCUCUCCGGAAGAGGAAAAGAGGAAACGUAAGAAAAAGCGCCUGAUGCAGAGCCCCAAUUCCUACUUUAUGGAGGUGCAAUGCCCAGGAUGCUGUAAGAUCACCACGGUCUUUAGCCAUGCACAGACAGUGGUCUUGUCUGUCGGCUGCUCCACUGUCCUCUGUCAGCCCACAGGUGGAAAAGCAUGGCUGACAGAAGGAUGCUCCUUCAGGAGGAAGCCGCACUGGAAAGCACCUGAUUCAAGAUGAGUGGGAACCGGCCCAAUAAACACAUUUUUGGAUAUAUUAAAAAAAUAUAUCUGCUCCUCUAAAGGGGUCUCUCCCACCUCUGAGGACACCUCGGUGGUUUUCCCGCUCUGGACCUGUUUUCACCCCCAUGCCUCUCUCAGCAAACAUUUCAGUUUCAACCGGUGAGCCAGACAUGGAACACGUCAGUCACUUUAUUUAGUCUUUCUUUAUCCCACUGCU